AUUCUAAUUAAAUCCUUGUUAUUUUUUGGGAAAACUUAAUAAGCUUUUCUUUUUGUAUUGGUAUUUCUUUUCGAUAUAUAAGGUAAAUACUUAAAUAUUUAUGAUACUUAUCAUAAGUAUUUGACAUUGUAAUCUAUACGUUGCCCUACCAUUUGGAUUGGUUUUGUCCAGAUAGAUUAAAGAACAUCAGCAAUUACUUUUAUUUGAUAUCUUUCUUAUUUUUGAUCAAAAUGCCUGGGUAAGCAACAUGUUAUGUAUGUGGGAGUGGUCCCACAUUCAUUUACUCAUUUAACCACCAUAACAAUCAAUAGUUUAACGUCAGAUUAAUUUAUACAUUAUUCAUAUAUGUAUUUAAUUCAUUAUAAUGUACAUCAUCUAUGUCAAGUUACACUAGUUCCUUAUGAAAUAAAGAUCAGAUGUUUCUACUCCAUCAAUGACCUUCACUUAGCAAUUCAUCAUAAUUCUGUCAUAGCUUAAAUUACACACUUCAUGUUUAAUACAGCUUUGUAAAAAUUAAUAAAAUGCAAAUAUAUAUAAAUAUAUGGUAAUUAUAAAAAUAAGUUUGAAAUGUUUCAUUAAUUUGUUGUUGUCUUAAAUGAACUGGAAUUUGGUUGAUGAAUCAUAUUUCAUAUUAUUGGCAUAUUUUCCUGUAUAAUAUAUUUUGUGAUGUGUAUUAAUCAAGUAUGAAUUUGUUUUUUAGAAUAGGAAAAAUGUCUCUUGAUAACAUGUUUUGCACAAGGUGUGGUGAUGGGUUUGAGACUAAUGAAAAAAUCGUCAAUUCCAAUGGUGAACUCUGGCAUACAAACUGUUUUGUUUGUGCUCAAUGUUUUCGAGUUUUUCCUGACGGAGUAUAUUAUGAUUUUGAAGGCCGAAAGUACUGUGAACGAGACUUUCAAGUGUUAUUCGCACCAUGCUGUGGCAAAUGUCGUGAAUUUGUUAUUGGUCGUGUGAUAAAGGCUAUGAAUGCUAACUGGCAUCCAGCAUGUUUCCGCUGUGAGGAGUGCAACAUGGAAUUGGCUGAUGCUGGCUUUAUCAAGAACGCUGGUCGUGCUCUUUGCCAUGGUUGUAACACACGUAUAAAAGCUGAUGGAUUACAAAAUUAUAUGUGCCAUAAAUGCCAUGGUGUGAUAGAUGGUGAGCCUCUGCGUUACCGUGGCGAAGUGUAUCAUGGCUAUCACUUCACUUGCGCUACUUGUGGAGUGGAGCUGGAUCAUACUGCGCGCGAGGUCAAGAACCGGCCUGGGUACGCCGCUAAUGAUGUGAACAAUCUAUUUUGCCUACGUUGUCACGACAAAAUGGGCAUUCCGAUUUGUGGCGCAUGUCGUCGACCCAUAGAAGAGAGGAUUGUCACCGCUUUGGGCAAACAUUGGCAUGUUGAGCACUUCGUGUGCGCGAAAUGCGAAAAGCCAUUCCACGGACAUCGUCAUUACGAAAAGAAAGGCCUGGCCUACUGCGAGCAGCAUUACCACCAGCUGUUUGGCAACCUCUGCUACGUCUGCAACCAGGUCAUCGCUGGAGACGUAUUCACUGCGCUAAACAAAGCAUGGUGCGUACACCAUUUCUCAUGUUCCGUAUGUGAUACGGCCUUAAGCACGCGCAGUAAGUUCUACGAAUAUGACGAGCGUCCCGCCUGUCGUCGAUGCUACGAACGAUUUCCAGCCGAAUUGCGGCGACGAUUGCGACGCGCACACCAUUACACACUGCGCAGGAACUAAGA